CCUGUACCCUCUUUGGAAUGCCAGCACUGUUGUGCGAUUCUGCCAUCGUUUGCUGCUUUCAUUCUCCACAUGAGAGGGCAUUUGAGCGAUCGUGAUGAGAGCAGAUGUCCUCGUUGCCCGCUGUUGUUUAAUGAUGGGCAGGCUCGUCUGGCUCAUAUGAUCUCCCACUUCGAAAUCCGCAAACCUCUGCGCACUUGCACGGAAUGCCGUCUGCCCUUCGCUGACAGCAUGUCUUUAGGACAACAUUUUAUGGAACAACAUCUCAAGUUGCAACAUCUUUGCACAGUGUGUAGAUUAUUGCCCUCUGGAAUUUUAGGACCACAUAUUGAGCCAUUCAAAAGAGGCGACUUCGCUGGAAUGUGGCUCCUAGAGCAGCCGUUCGAUAAAUCGGAUUCUGCGCCUAUCAUGCUACGAAAUGGAACUAUUUUGAGCCCAACCAUUCAAAAAGAGGUAUUGCUUCCCGCGACUACUGGCAUGACAUUGGAAUUCGGAUUCUACACUGUUCAGUUUGUGACGAGAAAUGCUACGGUGAAGAUGCUUUGGACGAGCAUCGUCUGUUUAGCCAUUGCAAGGUGCCUCGCUCGGACACAUGUGCAGCCUGUCAAGCACCACUACGAACAACUGAAGAUUUUGAGAAACACACCCGAAUGCACACCGCCGAUCUGCACAUGCACUGUGCUGUUUGUCGGUGAGGCAAACAAAGCUUCUACCAAAGAAACUAGAAAAUAA